ACAGCCCAGCCGCCUCCGCCCCACGCUGGCGCAGGAGGAGCUCCUAGCCCAGCUGUGUCGGAACGCAACGUCCUAACUGGGAGACCCAGGCCGCCUAUCUCAACUCCUACUCAUACUUGGAGGCCCGGCUCAGAUGACCUGUAGGACAUCUGAAAGGCCACUCCUGCCAGGGUCCCUGCUACCUGUCACUCCCACCUCCAUUCAGGCCAGAUGGGUGCUCCGGGGUACAGAGCUGCAACACCUGCUACAUGGAGUGGGGCCCAGGUCUUGGCAAGAAGAUGUGGCAGAUGCUGAGGGGUGUGCAGGGCAUUGUGUGCCCCUACUGGACUGCAGGGCCUUCCACUACAACGUGAGCAGCCAUGGUUGCCAACUGCUGCCAUGGACCCAGCACUCACCCCAUACACGGCUGCAGCGUUCUGGGCACUGUGAUCUCUUCCAAAAGAAAGACUAUGUGCGGACCUGCAUCACGGACAAUGGUGUCAAGUACCGGGGCACCGUGGCCAUCACCACGGGUGGCCUACCCUGCCAGCACUGGAGCCACAGGUUCCCCAAUGACCACAAGUACACGCCCACACUCCGUAAUGGCUUGGAGGAGAACUUCUGCCGCAACCCCGACGGAGACCCGGGAGGUCCCUGGUGCUACACGACAGACCCUGCCGUGCGCUUCCAGAGCUGCGGCAUCAAGUCCUGCCGGCAGGCCGCUUGCGUUUGGUGCAAUGGCGAGGAUUACCGCGGCGCAGUGGACCGCACCGAGUCAGGACGCGAGUGUCAGCGCUGGGACCUGCAGCGCCCGCACGCCCACCCCUUUGAGCCGGGCAAGUUCCUUGACAAAGAUCUGGACGACAACUAUUGCCGGAAUCCGGACGGCUCGGAGCGGCCCUGGUGCUAUACCACAGACCCGCAGAUGGAGCGAGAGUUCUGCGACCUCCCCUUCUGCGGGUCCGAGGCACAGCCGCGCCAAGAGGACACCACGUUCAACUGCUUCCGCGGGAAGGGGGAGGGCUACCGGGGCACGGCCAACACCACCGCCGCGGGCGUGCCCUGCCAGCGCUGGGACGCGCAGAACCCGCAUCAGCAUCGCUUUGCGCCCGAGAAAUACGCAUGCAAGGACCUUCGGGAGAACUUCUGCCGUAACCCCGAUGGCUCGGAGGCGCCCUGGUGCUUCACAUCGCGGCCUGGCAUGCGCGUGGCCUUCUGCUACCAGAUCCGGCGCUGCACCGACGACGUGCGGCCUGAGGACUGCUACCACGGCGCGGGGGAGCUGUAUCGCGGCUCGGUCAGCAAGACCCACAAGGGUGUAACGUGCCAGCGCUGGUCCGCGGAGACGCCGCACAAGCCGCAGUUCACGCCCACCUCCGUGCCACACGCCCAGCUGGAAGAGAACUUCUGCCGGAACCCGGACGGGGAUAGCCAUGGGCCCUGGUGCUACACUACGGACCCGGGAACUCCAUUCGACUACUGUGCACUGCGGCGCUGCGAUGAUGACGAACCACUGUCCAUCUUGGAGCCCCCAGACCAGGUGCUGUUUGAGAAGUGUGGCAAGAGAGUGGAUCAGCGGCACUCCAAGCUGCGUGUGGUAGGGGGCCAGCCUGGGAACUCACCCUGGACAGUCAGCUUGCGCAACCGGCAGGGCCAGCAUUUCUGCGGGGGGUCCCUAGUGAAGGAGCAGUGGGUACUGACCGCCCGGCAGUGCUUCUCCUCCUGCCAUGUGCCUCUCACGGGCUAUGAGGUGUGGCUGGGCACCCUAUUCCAGAACCCGCAGCCGGGGGAGCCAGGCCUGCAGCGGGUCCCAGUGGCCAAGGUGGUGUGUGGGCCCUCAGGCUCCCAGCUUGUCUUGCUCAAGCUGGAGAGACCUGUGGCCCUGAGCCAGCGCGUGGCCCUGAUCUGCCUGCCUCCAGAGCGGUACGUGGUGCCUCCAGGCACCAAAUGUGAGAUUGCAGGCUGGGGUGAGACCAAAGGUAAGAGUCCAGUACAGGGGCAUGGAUUGCUAAAGGCCAGGAGGCCCAGCCUUGGGUCCUAUCCAAAGGCCCUCUCUCUCAUUCCCUUCACUGUAGGUACAGGGGACAAUGUGGUCCUAAACGUAGCCUCGCUGAAUGUCAUCUCCAACCAGGAAUGUAAUGUCAAGCACCGAGGACGUGUACGCGAGAGUGAGAUGUGCACUGAGGGACUGUUGGCCCCUGUGGGUGCCUGUGAGGGUGACUACGGGGGCCCGCUUGCCUGCUUUACCCAUGACUGCUGGGUCCUGGAGGGAAUUAUAAUCCCCAACCGAGUGUGCGCACGGCCCCACUGGCCAGCCAUCUUCACGCGUGUCUCUGUGUUUGCGGACUGGAUUCACAAGGUCAUGCGGCUGGGCUAGGCCCAGCUUCAAUCGUAUGUGCCUUGGGGAGGACGGGGAGGACGAAGCUUCCUGUCAGACAUAAAGUCACCUGUCCUCUUUA